AGGCAGCGAGGGACGGGCAUUUCACAAGGCAGUAGUUACCCAGGAAUGAGGGGGCUCUCAGAGGCGGUUAGGCUGAAACAGAGGGCAGCCACCAUCUCUCGUGGGGGCUUUGGACUGGAUUCCUGCACUGAGCAGAUGAUCUGAAAGGCGAACUGUAUAAAUGCACGAUCGUGGGCGUCACUUAGCUGAUCUUAGCUGGUUUUGAAAAACUAGGUCGGACUUGGAUGGAAGGCUGUCAAACAAAAAAGUUUUUUAAAAUCCUGGAAGAAGACAAUAGCAAACUGCUUAAAAUUUUGCCGAGAAAAAUAGAUGGAUGUGUCUGUGGGGUUAUCAAACGUUGAACUUGAUAUGCGAGAGUCUUUGCUUAUGUUUUUGUUACCGUCUUCCUUGAACUUAGAAGCCCUUUGGAAAAGGGAGAAGAGUCAGGCUAGGUGUGGAGGAAGCUCAGAAUCAAAUCAUCACUAAACCCUAAAAGUCUCUGGAUGAUUGUGUGAGAUGAAGAGAAAUAGGUGGCAAGGUAGAGGAAAUCAUGUACAGCAUAAUCGUAGACAAAUCUGUAAUACCCAGCCAUACACAGUAUGCCACCAUCGUCACUCUACUGAAAGGCCUGAACAAAGAGAAUUGCAAAGCUUGCAGAACUCAGGUACAAGCCAAACUGAAUCACCCUCUACGUCUUCUCACUCAUGCCAGAGUUCUUCAGUUCCUGAAUUACCAGGAUUUUAUUAUGAUCCUGAAAAGAAUCGCUAUUUUCGCUUACUUCCUGGGCAUAACAACUGCAAUCCUCUCACUAAGGAGAGUAUUCAUCAGAAAGAGAUGGAGAGUCAAAGAUUAAGACUUUUAAAAGAGGAGGAGAAAAUGAUGAAGAAAACACCUAGAUCUGGGCUGAACUCUUCAGUUAUCUUACGCAAGAAGCAGUUAGGUUUCUAUAGCUCUAUCAGUUAUUGCAGGCUGAUUCAUGAAUUAAAGGUGAAUUGCAUGCAGAGAAGGAAAUUAGAAAUUGAGAGCCUCAGUUCCUCAGUUUCUGGAAGCAACAAUUUUAAACUAAUUGUGGCAGACACUGCCUCUGAGAGAAUAAUCACUGUGAAUGAUGUAGAACGUGGAGGAUGUAAAUAUGGAAUUGUCAACCUCAGUGGUUUGGGAAAGGAUUCUCUUACCGUGGAGAUGUAUGAUAACCUGUACUUCACAAAUCGCAAGGUGAAUUCUGUGUGCUGGGCCUCCUUGAGUCAUCUGGAUUCACAUGUUUUAUUAUGCCUCAUGGGUGCUGCAGAAACCUUAGGGUGUGCCAGCCUGCUCCCAGCAUCCUUGUUCAACAGCUCUAACGCAGGAGAUCAGCCUGGGAUGUUGUGCAGCUUCAAGAUCUCCACAGCCUGGUCUUGUGCCUGGUGUCAUAAUCCUCAGGCUAAUAACUGCUUUAGCACAGGUUUAAGUCAACGAAUCCUUGUGACUAAUGCAGUGACUGGUCAUCAUCAAACGUUUAAUACCAACAGCGAUGUUCUAGCACAGCAAUUUGCCACCCAGUCUCCAGUUUUAUAUAAUGGCUGUCGGUCAGGGGAGAUUUUCAGCAUUGAUGUCCGUCAACGCAGCCAUAAAGGGCAAGGGUGGAAGGCUACCCAACUCUUCCAUGACUCAGCAGUCACAUCUGUUAACCUCCUGAAAACUGAACAGUAUCUCAUGGCUGCAGAUAUGUUAGGCCAGGUAAAGCUGUGGGACCUGAGAAAACUAAAAUGUGUAAAAGAAUAUAGAGGUCACAAAAAUGAGCAUACUAUUGUUCCUUUGCACAUCAAUGAGACGGAAGGGCUUCUUUCAGCAGUGGGUCAAGACUGUUACACACGAAUUUGGAGUCUCCGGGACGCUCAUUUGCUACGAACUAUUCCAUCUCCAUAUCCAUCCUCCAGAGAUUCUAUUCCAAGUGUGGUGUUCUCAUCACAGCUUGGAGGUGUCCGAGGUGUUCCUGGCUUGCUGAUGGCAGUCAGACAGGAUCUCUACUACUUCUCCUAUAAGACAGAUGAUCCAUAUUGCCUACAUACUAAAGACAUGGACUGUUCCACCCUCUAUAGUGAAUGAAAAUAAAAAUGAUGGACAUUGUUGUGCUGCACAACACACCCUGUAGUUGUCAUAUUUAACAUUUGGGACUCUUAGUAUAAUUGUCAAUAUUUUUCAGUGUUUAGAGUAAAUAAAACAGAUUA